AUGGCCUCGAGCAGGCAUCGUUGCGGCCAAACUCUGUUUGGUCCAAGGCUUGUUCCCAUGUCAAGUUCAAGAAGGACGCUCCACAAGGGGGCUAUUGAUGCGAGCCGGGAUAGAGGCGACUCGGAGCAGCAAAGCAGGCCGGCUUGGACUUCUGAUCCGGCAUUCAACCGCCUUUUCAAAACUUGA